UGUGUGUGUGUGUGUGUGUGUGUGUGUGUGUGUGUGUGUGUGUGUGUGUGUGUGUGUGUGUGUGUGUGUGUGUGUGUGUGUGUGUGUGUGUGUGUUUGCAUUCGUGUUUGCCCGCAUACCAACGUGCACCUGCAUAUAUAAGAGUAUCAGAAGCCAAAUGUAAACACGGUGAUGGCGAAUCCGCACACAAACCACCUGAGAAGCAGCAAUAAUCACCACAGCCAUCACAGCAGCGGCGGUCGUGGCAACACAGCGCCGUCACAUACGAGACUAAAGGGGUUGCUAUAUAAAGAACACUAAUAAGGCGCGAACCAUUCACAGUUCACUCUUACAAAACCACUACCCAAGCACACGAGGACUUAAAUCAGAUAACAUUACAUCAUACAUCGGUGCCUCCCUCACUACCUCGUCUCGCGUCACCAUGAAGACCUUUCACCCGGAGGAGCACAAGGCAGCCUCGGGGGGCGUGGGGCAGACCGGGAAAGCCUCCACGACGAGCCGCUCCUAUUACGAGGGCAGCCGACGAAGGGCCUCCCACCCGCCCCUUGAACGACGCCCGCGCCUACAGCGACCCACACGCAGGAGGGGUCAAGUGUCCGGCGGUGCCCAAAGUGACCUGUGGACAGCGCCGCCCUCAGGCAUGUCCUCGCCCUCUGUCAGCGUCCUCUCCAUGGCCUCCCUCGGAUCGUCGGUAGCUGGAGGGCCGCCCAAUCUCCCCCUCAACGCUGACAAGGGCGGCAGAGGGUGUGAUGGAGAUGCGGAAGGAGGAGGAGGAGGAGGAGGAGGAGUGAGGCGGAGCAGCGAUGGCGGAGGCGGCGCGAGUGACGUCACUCCCAGGAACAGCGUGUACUCCAGCACCAGCUACGCCGCCAGCCGGGGGUUCCGGCCCCAGGCGGGAGACCACUCGCUGCCCCAUCCUGUGGCGCCCCCGAGGAGCCGAGGCACCAUUGUCACGCCACCCGCCCGAGGCAUCAAGAAGUCCUCCUCGGAGAUCAUGGGGAGGGGAUCAGGGCCAGCCAGGGGCAUACUCAAGUCCUCCUCAGGCGUCCUAAAGUCCCACCAACACACAGAAGUUCCCUUGUCCAAAUCGUCCUCGGGGAUCACCGCGCCCCUUCCUCCUCGCGUCAACUUUAACACCACGGUAGUGACCAGUGACGACCCCCCGCCGCCCGCCGCUGCGACCCCUACCCCCAGCAAGCCUCCCUCUGAGACUCACACCACCGGUAUGUUCGUAGCUCCAGUGCCUAGUUGUGUGGCGUCAGCUGUACCAGUAGUCAUGUCUUUGUCAGCAUCAGGUACAUCAGAGGCAGCUGUCCCCGUGGCAGCAGAUCCUGCCUCGCUCUGUACUGUAGCAUCUGUAGUAACUUCUCCUGCUUCUCCUCCUGCUUCUUCUCACGCUUCUGCUGUUCCGGUGACAACUACUACAGGAGUUACAUCCUUGCUGACUUCGAGAUCGCUAGCGUCCCCACCUGUGGCCCCGCCCAGGCGGCGCAGGGCAGCAGCCAGGGGUGAGUAUUGCCUGUGUACUGUGUUGUUCCUUGGGGCAGGAAUCAGGGGGGUGGGGGGAUCAUGCAAGUGUCUGAUAAUUGGUGUGUACCUGAGAGGGCGUCACGAGGCGUCUGUCUGGUGGUGGCGUGCCGCGAGGACUGUAAGUGACGCCCCAUGCGUUGCGGCAUUUACAAGAGUGCCCUAGUGAAAUUUAUUAUGAAGAUAAAUUAAGGCACGCACACACACCCAACUACCGUCCACCCAGCCGCCCACCCACACACACACAGCCAUUCAUCCAUCCACGCAUCUUAACUCUCCAUAACGUCACCAUUCCUUUCUUCUUUCCUCUCAUCACCUGCGUCACUGCCCCUAACACCCACCCAACCCCCUACAGACACCCAACCAACACACGUCCAUCACUGCAUUUCUCUUUUUCCCCGGCGCCUCACGAAAUAUGUAAGAGUCACCCUCGUAACCUCCCGGGGGCUUUUCUUUAUGGCUUAUGCGUCACCUUGAGGUAUCUGCACAGUAGCCUCGUUGUUAUUGUGUCCGUAAAGUUGGCGGUGAGCUGUGGUGCCCUGGUGCGGUGCUGCGCGGUGCUGGAGAGGCGGCCACUCGCGAGAUGGAUGGCUUCAAAUAACUGCGCAACAACAGACGUAUGUUAUGGCCACUGAAAAAUACAGGCAGGACGACCAGAGAGAGAGAGAGAGAGAGAGAGAGAGAGAAUAUUUGACAAGGGGAAAAGAAAAAAGGCUUCAAUAACAUUAUAGCCACUGGGGGAAACGUGUUUGUUGUUUUAAAGAUAACGAAGAACAGAAAUUGACGCUAUGACUGCUAAAGCAUGAAAUAUUGCGGAACGACCAGAGAGAGAGAGAGAGAGAGAGAGAGAGAGUCUGUCAUAAUUCAGGCUACAAUAAGAAACAGACAGCAGCA